GUUUAGAUCCUAGAGAAAGAAGCGCCCCCCCGCGUCGCAAUGGCUCCCACGCUGGCUACUGCACAUCGGCGUCGCUGGUGGAUGGCCUGCACCGCUGUUGUAGAGAAUCUUCUCUUCUCUGCUGUGCUGCUGGGCUGGGGAUCGCUGCUCAUCAUGCUGAAAUCGGAGGGGUUUUACUCCUACCUGUGUCAUGAGCCAGAGAACACUACCGCCAGCCCUGUGCCGGGCAACGGGACGGAGCCCAACCCUGUGAUCCGGCUCAACGGCUGGCUCAUCUGCCUGGAGCAGGAUGAGAUGCUGAACCUGGCUUUUACCGUUGGAUCCUUUCUGCUGAGUGCGAUCAGUCUGCCUCUUGGGAUUGUCAUGGACAAGUAUGGCCCCCGCAAACUGCGGCUGCUUGGCAGUGCCUGCUUUGCUGUGUCCUGUCUGAUGAUCGCCUAUGGAGCCAGUAACCCGAACUCACUGUCAGUGCUGAUCUUCAUCGCCCUGGCUCUGAAUGGCUUUGGCGGCAUAUGCAUGACCUUCACCUCCCUCACGCUGCCCAACAUGUUCGGUGACCUUCGGUCCACGUUCAUUGCGCUGAUGAUUGGCUCCUACGCAUCCUCGGCGGUCACUUUUCCUGGAAUCAAGGUUAUCUAUGACUUCGGUGUCUCCUUCAUCCUCAUUUUGAUUGUCUGGGCAUCCUGUGCAGGGCUAGUUUUCUUCAACUGUUUCUUCAACUGGCCCCUGGAGCCAUUCCCCGGACCAGAAGACAUGGACUACACAGUGAAGAUCAAGUUCAACUGGCUAGGAUUUGACCACAAAAUUACAGGGAAACAGUUUUACAAGCAGGUGACCACAGUGGGACGUCGUCUGAGUGUGGGGAGCUCCAUGAAGAACCCUAAGGAGCUGGCAGCUCAAGAUGGCAACAAACUCUGUCUGUCAACGGUGGACCUGGAAGUGAAGUGUCAAGCAGACAGUGCAGCAUCCCCAUCGUUUAUGCACAGUGUCUUCAGCCCAAUUUUGCUACUCAGCCUCAUCACCAUGUGCGUCACUCAGCUGCGGCUCAUCUUCUACAUGGGAGCCAUGAACAACAUCCUGGGAUUCCUUGUGGAAGGAGACCUGGAGACGGUGCUGGAUACAGUGAGUCUUUACACCUCCAUUUUUGGGGUGUUGCAGCUGCUCUGCCUGAUGACUGCCCCUCUGAUUGGCUACAUCAUGGACUGGAAGCUGAAGGAAUGUGACGAUGGUCCAGAAGAGGCAGAUGAGAGUGACGUUAAUCCAGAUGGUAAGAAGAAGAAAAAACGUGAUCGCCAGAUUCAGAAGAUUUCAAAUGCCACAAGAGCGUUUGUGUUCACCAACCUGCUACUAGUUGGAUUUGGAAUUACCUGUCUUGUUCCUAACCUGCCUUUGCAGAUCCUUUCAUUCAUUUUGCACACAAUUGUGAGAGGAUUCAUCCAUUCGGCAGUGGGAGGCCUCUAUGCAGCUGUAUACCCCUCAACACAGUUUGGCAGCUUGACAGGACUGCAAUCUUUGGUCAGUGCCCUCUUUGCUCUUCUGCAGCAGCCCUUGUUCCUGGCAAUGAUGGGACCAUUGAAAGGAGACCCUCUGUGGGUCAACGUUGGGCUUCUGGGAGUGAGUUUGCUGGGCUUCUGCCUACCAGCCUAUCUGAUCUGCUAUCAGCAUAGACUAGAAAGAAAGCAGCAGCAGAAAAGUGAGGAUGCCAAACUCUUCCUCAAAAUCAAUGGCACUCCCAACGAGGAAGCCUUUGUUUAAGCCAGUGCUUCGCACACCACCUCCUCGCCACUUCAACGGGUCUACCUCUGGCCCAAGUCAUGGUUCUUCUCUCCAUGCUCUGCCAGCUUCACACAGCAUGGCCUGCUGGCUGAAAGUGAAGGCGGAGUGUGUUUCUCAGACACAUGCCAGGAGGAGUCUUCCCUCCUCUUCUUUCCUUUUCUCAAAGCUACACAGAUUACAAAUGGAACAAGCGGAAGCUAGUUCUGCAUUGGCUCCUGAAUAACAUUUUCCUCACCACUACCAAGCUUGGCUACAGGACCGUAGUCCUUGCGUGAUACCCGUGUUGUGCGCAUUGGAAAGGGGACUUUGGGGUGUGUCUUGCUGAAGUUGAUUUUCAGUCCAUUGCUAAACUAUAAUCUCUGAUGCUGAACUGAGCCUUGUUCUGCAUAUAAUGUAAAGAGAUGAUUAGUGAGCAAUGGAUUCAGCCAUGCGUGCCAAAACGAAGGAUCCAGCUGACUGCUUGGCCCAUCCUCACACUCCAGUAACCUGGAAGUCCUCUACCCCAGCCUGCAAGCCGCCUUUACAUUGCAAGCUGCCUGUUGUCUUGAACCAUUCAGCUGGAAAUUGGACCUUGUGUGAAGUGCUUUUAAGAUGUGUUGCCUUUCUUCUUCUCCUCUCCGUACGGUGACCCUUGGAGAAGAACAGCAGCUGGUUGUCUGGAGAUAAUCUGAAUAGAGCUGAAAGGCUUUUUCAAAGUGGGGCCUUACCGCGCAAAGCACCUGUUUCUAGGUGCAGGUUUUAUUGACUUGUCUUAUUGCUGAAAAGAGCCAACAGUGCAGAUCUGUCCUUGCAUGGAGUAACUGGAUCCUGUGACCACAUGAAAGAUGGACAUGGUGAGACAAUUUCACCUUGUCUCAGCAGGACCUCAUAGCAAUAGCCUCUUAACAUCCUGUGCUGAGAUAACAGCCCCUUUGAGAGAACCCAUCACCCUGAACUACUAAACACCAACUUCACUGUAACUGACCAAAAAGCUGCUGGUUAGCAUGUGAUGAGCCUCCUGUAAUGUCUGGGCUCUUUCUGGACAGGAGAGAUGGAGAUGACUGUGUGGUUGGGUAGAACUUCAUAAAACAAUAAGUGGACUUGAGUGGAGAUCUCUUAGGGUGCCCCCCUCAGACAUCAAGGGAAUACAAAGGGAAUUCUUAGCCUGCUUCUCUCUUCAAGCCAUGCCUUUCCUAGGCCUUGUCCCCGCGGGACUUGGUUUUUCCAUAACCUUCCUGCUGUUGCUAUCUGGGACAGCUAUGCAGUGGGAGCCCUGGUGCAGAGAGACAGACCAUGUUUCAUCUCCACACACAACUGGUUAAUGCCAGCGGACAGUAUGCAUGAAGACUCCUACUGGUUGAGCUGAAUUAGUGAUAGUAAUAGUGGGGAAGUUACGGAAAACCCUGGAUCUGGUGUGUUAUGGCAAAUGCAGUAGUGGUGCUUUCUCCAUCUUACUGUCUCUCCAAUGUCUGGUAUAGGGGACAGCUUCUUGAACUUCACCUUUAACCCAUGCAGGAAAAGCACAAGACUCUGCUGUCACUGUCCAGUAACUCCACAUGAAGAUUAAGAAGCAAUGGUGCAUUUGAAUGCUGUGGAGUGAGUGGGAGGGAGGGAGGGAGGGUUGUGAGAAUGGAAGUCCACACCUUUGCUGUACAGGAUUGAAAUAUGCAGGUGAGCAGACUGCCUGGCCCCUUUCCAUUGCAAGAGCAAGCUCUGCAGGCAUUUUAAAUGCCACCAUCACUGUUAGAAUUUGUAAGACUCAUCAUGCUAGUUACCUUGCCAGUGCAUAAUGAUUAAACAGCACCCUCUGGUGUUACUGUAUUGGAAAACCUCAUAAACUGUUUACAAAACAAUGACAAAACAUUUAUUUCAGGGGUGGCUUUUUGUUUAAAUAGACUUCUGCUAUUUAAGAGUAUUUUACAGAUUUGUUUUAUAUGUUACCUUCAUCAGUUCUGUCACAUUUCAAAAUCAACCAUGUCUUAUGUGUCAUACUGCAUCAAUGCAAAAGUUCUUUAUUCUACUUUUAUAAGUUUUGAGGAGCUCUGGAGAUGUUUUACUGCCCUACUCAGCUUCUUUUCCUUUGUAUCAAGCAAUAAGUAGGGAACACGGCUCAACUUGGCAAUUGAAGCCUUAAAUGGUAGUGACAAAUCUGAAGUACAUAUGUGCUUGGAAGACAGCAGCUAUAGUUUAAUUUCCUUGUAACUAAGUAUUUAUGGAUAGAUUUCUGCAUUCUGUACUGCCAGGUGUUGCUACACCUAAAUGGUCUGAUGUUGCACAACUCUCCCUCCAAGACUGUUUACUCAACAAGGAAAGAGAUCAGAUAUUGCAUCAGAUUUUUAGUAAAAUCUUGGGUCUGAAUUGUGGCAUGAGCUGCAGCCAGCACACCCUAUCAGCUUUGGAGAAUAAUGUGGUAAAAGUCAGAGACCUAAUUUUCAAAAGUGAGUAAUGAUUUUAUAUGCCCCAUAUGAGUGUUUUUAAAGGGCCAUAAUUUUCAGAAAGUGUUGAACACCUGCCCUCUCUGAAGCAGGCCCCUUGAAACUAUUAUUGAGCAGCCAAACUUAGUUGAGGCUGUUAAAAAUUUCAGUCAGAAUCCUAGUUCCACAGCUUACAAAUACAGACACAGUCUGAGAAUUAUAACCUGCCACUUGCAUUAAUUUAAAGCUUAACUGCAUGGAAAUAAUAUAACAGGCCUCAAAAUGAUUAGAGGAGAGCAUCACAUUACACGCUUAAUCAUAGUAGCGGGUUGCAACUGCUCUGGAGAAUAAGGUCAUAAUUCAAAAUGAUUUGGACAAAUUGGAGAAAUGGUCUGAGGUAAACAGGAUGAAGUUUAAUAAAGA